GCCUCAAGAGAUGCUGAGAGUCUAGAGCGCAGACAAACUCGGCUUGAUGAUCAACGUUCAAGACAAGCGGCUUCAAGAGACGCCGAGAGUCCAGAACAGACACGGACUCGAAUUGACGAUCAACGUGCAAGACAAGGUGCUUCUCGAGCAGCUGAGAGUCCAGAGCAGAGACAAACUCGGCUUGGCGACCAACGUGCAAGACAAGCUUCCUCAAGAGACGUCGAGACCGUCUGGGAUGCCGUCACACAACUUGCUGCUCAAAGUUGA